UAUACUCAGAGAAGUACCUUGCUGAGUUCACUCCCCAGCUGUAGGAACCAGCCUGUCUUCUAAGAGCUGCUCCUCCUCGGGCUCUCAGAGCAGUCUUCCAUGCUACUGUGGGCGUCCUUGCUGGUUCUCGCUCCAGUCGGUGGACCAGUUGCAACUGCACCCAAACCCACGAUUUCCCUCAAUCCUCCAUGGACCACCUUCUUCAGAGGACAGACGGUGAAUCUGACUUGCAAUGGAUUUCACCUCAAGGCACCAGGGAAAAUAAAAUGGUACCGGCGGUACUCUGGAAGAGAAAUACAAAUCAAAACCCCAGGCAACACCCUUCAGGUCCAUUUUUCUGGAGACUACAAAUGCCAGGCCCAGGGCUCACUGCCAAGUGACCCUGUGCACUUGCUCUUUUCUUCAGACCUCCUCAUCCUUCAGGCCCCACAUUCUGUGUUUGAAGGUGACGCGUUGGUUCUGAGAUGCCGGAGAAAGGGGAAAGAGAAACUGAUUGCUGUGAAAUACACUUACAAAGGAAAAGUUAUCUCUCAUUCUAAUAAAACCUUGGAUCUUUUGAUACCACAAGCAAGUUCAAAUAACAGUGGCUAUUACCAAUGCAUUGGAUCUAUGGACAAAAAUUAUAUACUUAGAUCAAGUUACAAACUUAUUAAAAUUCAAGAACUAUUUCCACGUCCAAAGCUGCAAGUCACAGCCCCCCAGCCAACAGAGGGAAAUUCUGUGAACUUGAGCUGUGAAACACAGCUUCCUCUAGAGCGGUCCGACACUCGGCUUCACUACGUCUUCUUCAGAGAUAACGGGGUCGUCCUGUCAGACUGGAGCACAUCCCCAGAACUCCAGAUCACAACCAUCUGGAAAGAAGACUCAGGAUCAUACUGGUGUGGUACUGAAACGGUGACCCGCAGCGUCCGCAAACAAAGCCUCCCGCUACAGAUCCGAGUGCAGAGAAUCCCUGUGUCUGGAGUGCUUUUGGAGACCCAGCCCCAGGAGGGGCAGGUGGUUGAAGGGGAGACGCUGGUCCUUGUCUGCUCCGUGGCUGAAGGCACAGGGGACACCAUGUUCUCCUGGCACAGAGAAGACACAAAGCAGAGUCUGGGGAGGAAAAGUCAGCGUUCUCAGAAGGCAAAGCUGGAGAUAUCUGUUAUCAGGGAGAGCCAUGCCGGGGAAUACUACUGUACAGCUGACAAUGGCUAUGGCCUCAUCCAGAGUGAGGUAGUGAACAUCACUGUGAGAAGUGCUCUGGGUUAUAGAACUGGCCUUAUUGCUGCGGGAGCCACUGGGGUGUCGCUCAGCAUUCUUCUCCUGGCUGUGGCCCUGAUGUUUUACUGCUGGCACCAGAGGAAAUCAGGUUUGUGGUGUCUCUUACCCUUUGCUAGAGUCCCUGCCUUAGACACCUCAGCUAUUGCAGCCUCAGUAACCACCAAGCCACCAUUCUCUACCUCACUACCCCAACACUCACAGACAUACUCACACCCUUUCCUUAAAGGGAGUCCUCCCACCCCAGGCUCAAGAGGGCCCUUCCAUCCCACAUGCCCUGCCCCAGUGGAGCUGCAGCCAUUGUAUGGCACUGGACUGGCAAAGCCCCCUGGUCUCCAUAAGGUGUCCCAAACCCAGACAUUCCCAAUAAACAGUUGCUUCAUCAUAUGUCCAAGAAGAGUGGAGAGGAUGCUUAGGAAAAACAUCUGCAGCACGUACCACUGCCUGAGACAGCCUAGAAAGUGUUGUUUUUUAUUUCCAGCGCACACCAAGGAGGGAGACUUGGUAUAUUCUGAGAUCCAGUUUAUUCAGCUGGGAGAAGAAAGGGAAGCCAAGACCUCCAGAACAUCUUUAGAGGACAAGGUGAGUUUCAUCUCCUGUCUAUUUUCUCUCCCUCUACUACCUAUAGCCCCAUACUCCCUUUCUCUUCACAGUUCUUCUUCUAUCUUCUUUCCAUCCCAGCAUGCCUCCGUUGUCUACUCGGAGGUGAAGACACGCACAGGUGAUUCAACUGGAAAGGUCCGCUCUAAUGAUGAAGAUGCCGUGGAAAGUUGCAACAACGUCCUACUCAUGUGGCUUGUCCCUAAUCCAAAGCCUGUAGCUCAGUGCAGCCCUCAAGGUCUCUGGAGUUACCAGCUGGUUCCAACUUCCCAGUUCUUCUUGCCCAUGUGCACUGACUCCUGAUUCAUCUACUCUGAAGUGUUGAUGGGAUAGCUCCUGAAAGACUUCUCUAAAAUAACCAGGAUCCAUAGUUAGCUAUGGAAGACCCUGUGUACCUGCUCUGAGCCUAGCCUAAUGUGUUCCCAAGGGUCUGAUUUAGGGAAAAGGAAUAAGGAGGGAGAAGGACUGAUGUUGAAAAACAGAAGUGUCAACUUUGGUGAAUUGGGAUUUGCACAUAGAAUAGAGUGAGUGACUCAGGUCUCUGUUUAAUACAUCUACAAUAAUUCUUCCACUGGGGAAUCACCUGCAUCAAUUGGUUUCACUAUGAGUGGCUGCACAGGUACUUUGCAGACCGUGCAUAGCCCCUUCCCUCCUGCUUACACUGUUUAUACUGUCAGGAUUCAGUUGUAGAUGCAAGAACCCACUCCAAAUGGUUUACAGAGAAAGAAAU